GAGGCGGAGCCACGAGGGAGGCGGGGCCUGGCUGGCAGGCGACCCCGCGGGAGGUUCUGGAAACGCCGCGAGCUGCGCGUGUCCAGACAGCCCUUUCUGACCAUGAAACUCCAGGUGUCCACGUUGCUGAUGGCCUGGUUUGGUGUCCUUAACUGUGUGCAGGCUGAAUUCUUUACCUCUAUUGGGCACAUGACUGACCUGAUUUAUGCAGAGAAAGACCUGGUGCAGUCUCUGAAGGAGUACAUCCUUGUGGAGGAAGCCAAGCUCUCCAAGAUUAAGAGCUGGGCCAGCAAAAUGGAAGCCCUGACCAGCAAGUCAGCUGUUGACCCUGAGGGUUACCUGGCUCACCCUGUGAAUGCCUAUAAACUGGUAAAGCGGCUGAACACAGACUGGCUUGCACUGGAGGACCUUGUCCUGCAAGACUCGGCUGCAGGUUUUAUUGCCAACCUCUCAGUGCAGCGGCAGUUCUUCCCUACUGACGAGGAUGAGUUGGGGGCCGCCAAAGCCCUAAUGAGGCUUCAAGACACCUACAAACUAGACACAGCCACGAUUUCCAGAGGGGAACUUCCAGGAACCAAAUAUCAGGCAAUGCUGAGUGUGGAUGACUGCUUUGGGAUGGGCCGCUCAGCAUAUAAUGAAGGGGACUAUUAUCAUACGGUGCUGUGGAUGGAACAGGGGCUAAAGCAGCUUGAUGCUGGGGAGGAGGCCAGCAUAGCCAAGUCCCAAGUGCUGGACUACCUUAGCUAUGCUGUCUUCCAGUUGGGUGAUCUGCACCGUGCCCUGGAGCUCACCCGCCGCCUAUUGUCGCUUGACCCAAGCCAUGAGCGAGCUGGAGGGAAUUUGCGGUACUUUGAGCGGUUGUUAGAGGAAGAAAGACAUAAACCAUUGUCAAAUCAGUCAGCAGUGGCACUAGCAACCCAAGAAGGUGUCUAUGAGAGGCCUGUGGACUACCUGCCUGAGAGGGAUGUGUAUGAGAGCCUUUGUCGUGGGGAAGGUGUCAAACUGACCCCGCAGAGGCAGAAGAAGCUAUUCUGUAGGUACCACCAUGGCAACAGGACUCCACAGCUGCUCAUCGCCCCCUUCAAAGAGGAGGAUGAGUGGGACAGCCCACACAUUGUCAGGUACUACGAUGUCAUGUCUGACGAAGAAAUUGAGAGGAUCAAGGAGAUCGCUAAACCCAAACUUGCACGAGCCACUGUUCGAGAUCCUAAGACAGGCGUUCUCACUGUUGCCAACUACAGGGUUUCUAAAAGCUCCUGGCUGGAAGAGGACGAUGACCCCGUUGUGGCCCGUGUAAAUCGUCGUAUGCAGUACAUCACAGGAUUAACAGUAAAGACUGCAGAGUUAUUGCAGGUUGCAAAUUAUGGAAUGGGAGGACAGUAUGAGCCACACUUUGACUUCUCUCGGCGACCUUUUGACAGCGACCUCAAAACGGAGGGGAAUAGGUUAGCGACGUUUCUUAACUAUAGUGAUCACCAAGAUGCUUUCAAGCGUUUAGGGACUGGGAAUCGUGUGGCUACAUUCUUAAACUACAUGAGUGAUGUAGAAGCUGGUGGUGCCACCGUCUUCCCUGAUUUGGGUGCUGCAAUUUGGCCUAAGAAGGGAACAGCUGUAUUCUGGUACAACCUUCUGCGGAGUGGGGAAGGUGACUACCGAACGAGACAUGCGGCUUGCCCUGUGCUUGUGGGCUGCAAGUGGGUGUCCAAUAAGUGGUUCCAUGAGCGAGGACAGGAGUUCUUGAGGCCUUGUGGAUCAACAGAAGUAGACUGAUGGAUGUCCUUUUCUGCCUUUCCCCUUCCUGGCCCUACAAGUCAUCUUCAAGUUCAGCAUUACAGACACCUUUGUAUGUUUGAGCUCCUAUCAGGCAGGUCUUUGGACAAGUCAGUGUUUGUCUGAAGUGGAGAGAGAGUGUACUGGGCCAAGUCCUGGAUGACCUGGGUCCCAGCUUCUGCAGUUAGCCUCUGCUGUCUCUGGCCCCAAGAAUAGCAUCAGAGUGGCUGCAGCAGAGCCAGACUGUCUAGCACCUAGGAAGGUGCCUUUGUACCUCAGAUGUUUUAAGUAUGAGAUGUUUCAGUGAACCAAAGUUCUGAUACCUUGUUUACAUGUUUGUUUUUAUAGCAUUCUAUCAGUUGUAGCUUUAACCAAAAAAUAAAAUAAAAUGUCCCUGUCAGAAGUCUUAAAGAGCCUUAUGUGGAGUAUUUUUUUAAGACUCAGGAGGCUUCACUGUGUUCACCAUUUCAUAUGCAUUGUUUUGGUGAGGGCAGAGUCUGGAUAAUGAGUGGUUUAGCAGCAAAACCCUAUUCUUGGGUUCUAGACCUGGUUUCAGCACUGUGUCUGCUUCAAGCUUUAGUGUCCUUUUCUUUAAAGUGCAGGUAUCUCCCAGAGAAUGUAGAGCGGGUAUGUUCACAAUUGGGAUGCGGUUGUUUGACGUUUCUUCUUUUUUUUAACUUUGAGAUGUACACACAAAAUUGUUGAUAGCAUAUAGAUGAGUCCUUUAAAGAAUGUGAAAGCAAGCAGGAACACCUCUGCUACCACCAGCUGAUUGGAGAUAUACAUUUUCUGAUCAUUACCUAGGCCGCUACUCAGAAGCCUCUCCUGGAUCACAUCUUUCCUCCCUUGGCAC